AUUUUCACAGUUAGCUGUCAUAAUUCGUUCUUCGGUUCCCUAGGUUAAAUACCUUAUCAGCUUGAGUGACUCGCGUUGUUUGUGUAAAUUAUUGAAACUCUUUACCUAGCUUAUUUGUGAUAACAUUAGUUGGAAAAUGACUAACACAAUACAAUGGAGUGACUUACAGUUCACAAAAGAGAUUUUAAUUAACACCAAAAGCGUUAAGGAAGUUAGGAAACAUAAUGAUGGCAGACAUUUUAUGGUGAAAAGAAUUGCAUCUAACUGCGAUGUCAAAGACUUUCAGAAUGAAAUCAAAUAUUUAUCGCUCAUUAAGCAUGAUAAUUUUAUGAAAUUAUAUGGCUCUUUGCAAAAUGUCAAAACUAAAUUUCUUCUGGUUAUGGAUUAUGCAGACUGCGGUUCUCUUUACGAUUUCUUGUAUGAUAUAAAAAAUAAGGAUCGAUAUAUUUCAUAUUCAUGUAAGCUCAGUUGGAUGCAUCAAUGUGCUAAGGGUCUUGAUUACUUGCAUAGCUUGACUCCAAAAAUAUUUCAUAAUGAUUUGAGGACGCGCCAUUUGUUACUUUGCAACAACUUGCAAACACUAAAAAUAUGUGAUCUUAGCAAGGCCACUGAAUCAGAUCUUUCAGGGACCAAUAAAAGCUACAUUCUUAACAUAUUUGCUGAGAAAUCCGAUGUCUACAGCUUUGGUAUUGUUCUCUGGGAGACUUUUAUUGCCAAAAACAAUAACCAUAAAGAUUUAGAUAUGGAGAAUGCUGAGGUCAUAGAUGCGUUAAUAAGACUUUGCUGCGAUUGUAAUCCGAUUUGUCGCUUCAAAAUGAGAGUAUUCAUUAAUAUACUGAGUAAAGUUAAUUGGAAUGAAUUACAGUUAACAGAACAGCCAAUCGGUUGGGGGUCCUUUGGUGAUGUCUAUAAAGCAGUUUGGAAAACUAAAAAUGGCGAUAGGAAUAUUGCCAUUAAAAGAAUUCGAGUUCCUGAGCAGGAAAUUUGCGAUAAAGGAGAGGUGAAGUGUCUGCUGCUCGCUAAUCAUGAUAAUAUAGUAAAAUUAUUUGGAUUUACAAAGUCUGCUGACAAUAGAACUAUCAUUGCUAUGGAAUAUGCCGAGUGUGGAUCCAUUUAUAAUUUCUUACAUGAUAAGGGAAUCGAAAAUCAAGAGAUUCAAGUAUCAAUUUAUGGUAAGCUCAACUGGAUGCUGCAAUGUGCUAAGGGAGUUGCCUAUUUGCACGGCCUAGAUCCAAAAAUUCUUCAUCGUGAUCUUAAGUCAUCUAAUCUGCUUCUUUUUAACAAAUAUCUUACUUUGAAGAUUUGUGACUUUGGUACCGCAAGAACCCUGGCCACAGUGAUGUCGAGUCAAAUUGGUACCGCAGGCUAUAUGGCACCAGAAGUGUACAAAGAUGAAUCCUAUACGGAAAAAUGUGAUGUCUACAGCUUUGGCAUUAUAUGCUGGGAGAUAAUGUCGCAAAAAAAACCAUUCUAUCAUGUAGAAAAUCGGAAUUUCAUAGCAAUUUUGAGAUUGUCAAGUGAAAAGAAUGGUCGCCCGCCAAUUGAUGAUGUCAAGAUUGAUAUGAAUACCAAGAACAUGAAAGCACUGAUUCAAAAGUGUUGGGAUGUAGAUGCGAAAAAAAGACCGACAAUGAAAGAGUUGGUUAAACGCCUCAGCAGUGAUAUGAAUUACAAACCGAAUGAAGAUAUAAUAAGACCACUACCAACAAUAUCGGAAAAAGAUUUUGCAGACAUCCCUCUUCAUCAAUUGGAAUUUAAAUAUUAAAAAAAAA